AUGGAUUUUGAUAGAGCCCUGGAAGAGAUGUGGCCGCUGGUGGAUUAUUGUGACUAUGUGUUCUUCUCCAAGCAGCUGGCAGACCAACAUGGCUGGCUAACGCCGAAGGAUGCUUGCGCCAUCAUGGACGAAAAGAUGCGUAUGCGUUGGGGUUUAAAUCUGAAGCGUCCCUACAUUAUCUUCAUGUGGCGCAAAGAGGGUGUCGCCUGUGUAGAUCCACAUGGCAAUUAUACAUUAGUUCCGGCAUAUACCAUCAAACCAUCAAAAAUGGUCGAUCCCCUUGGUGCUGGCGACACGCUAACAGCAUCUUUUAUCUAUGCCAGAUAUAUAAGAGAACGCGAUGUUUCGAUAUCUCUAGAUUUUGGCAAUCGCAUGGCCAGUCAUAAGUGCACCAAAUACGGUUACGAUCAUAUAGCCGAUAUCUUAGUCUCUCCAGUGUCUUAA